AUGAACAAGGAAGUUGAAAUUUGCAUUAAAAACCGAUUCGACAUACUAAAACGAGUCGGAAAGGGGGUAUUAUUCAGAAUUCUCACAUUGAUAGCCUACGGAAUUGUUUGGAAAGCGCGAGAUCGAACAAAUUCAAAAGUUGUAGCCCUCAAAAAAAUAUUCGAUGCUUUCCAAAACUCUACCGACGCUCAAAGAACAUUUCGCGAAAUAGUUUUUUUGCAAGAAUUUAAAAAUCACGAAAAUAUAAUUUCGCUAUUCGAUGUGGUAACGGCUGAAAGUCACAAGGACAUAUACCUCGUUUUCGAGUACAUGGGUAUCCUGAUUGUUUCCACGUGACUAGAGUCGGACCUGAGCAGCAUAAUCAUAAAGGGGUACAUUCUCAACGACAUUCACCAUCGUUAUAUAAUCUACCAAGUUUUAAACGCUAUUAAAUACAUACAUUCCGGAAAUGUCAUUCACAGAGAUUUAAAGCCUUCAAACAUUUUGGUCAACAGGCAAUGUCAGAUAAAGUUGUGCGACUUUGGUUUGGCUCGGUCCAUCAACAAUUCUCCGGUCGCCAACAAUAAAAGUCCUGAUUUGACGAGUUACAUCGCAACGAGGUGGUAUCGGGCUCCCGAAAUACUUCUUGGUUCAAAAAGGUGUUAUUUUCCUGAAUAUUGGCAGCUAUACUAA